AUGGACGAUAACGAACCUAUUAACAGCAACCUAUCGUUCUCAUUGCACGGAAAACGAUCGAGAAGUCUGGAUAAUGACGAAGAGAAUCAACCGGUGCCGCAAAUACCUGACGGUGUUAAAAAGCGCGCAAUUCAACAGCAACAUAACAUUUCAGCUAUCAAGCAAUACGAUUUCAUUAAACAGUUGCUGGCAAAAGUGCCUGACGGAAAACCUGAGUACAUGCUCGCUCGACAAUGGUACCAAAAUUGGGAAAGGUACUGCAUUGAUUUAUCGCCCGUUUCACCGAGUAAAAUAGACAAUUCAAGUUUAUUACGCGAAGAUGGCAGUGUUAGACUCGACCUAGCCUACGAUAAAGAUUUUAUAGUACUACCGGAGAAGGCUUGGCUAUAUCUAAUUCGAUGGUACGGCUUAUUAGAUCCAUCUUAUACAUUAUCAAGGAAAAGUAAUAAGAAAAAGGCACCGCCUAUAACCAGACCACCUAUAAAAAUUAUUCCACCUUCUAAAUCAAAACCAGCAUCAUCGCCACUAACAGUGAGGCAUCCUACUUACUAUUUUACUGUCUAUCAGGCAUACGAAUCUACGAGGACAAAGUACACAUUUACAAUACCACCAAAGGCCACUGUUUCUAGAUUUCAGAGUGCUCUCCUGAAUGCCCUGGAUUUACCUUCAGGAACAUCCGUUGAAUUAUGGCUCCUCAAUAAUAGAUUAUUUAAGAAUAACGCCUCUUUCUCCAUAUCCUACGAAUUAUUGAACGAUCCAGAAUCAGCAGAGUACGUUGAUUUCUACAAAAUUGAUAUUGACUCCACAGUUUCCACUUAUUUACCAAUGUCAUCCUCAUCAUCGAUUGGAAGCGAAAAAAGCGACCACCAUUAUUACCAUUUGGCUGUGGACUUUAUCAACAAGAAGAAAAAUAAUAUGAAUGGAAAUACUACCACACCAAGCAGGGGAUUGUGUGGUUUACAAAAUUUGGGCAACACCUGCUAUAUGAACUCUGCACUUCAAUGCUUGAGUAACACACCACAAUUAACAAAAUGGUUCCUGAAUCGGGAUUACAAGAAGGAUAUUAAUGUAUCUAAUCCACUGGGUUUAAAUGGCGAUCUGGCAGAAUCAUUUGCUUCUGUUAUGAGCAGACUUUGGCAACCGCAUUCGACUUCCAAGCCAAGUAUCUCACCUAAAGAAUUCAAGACUACGUUUGAGGGAUUUAACUCUCAUUUUAGUGGAUACUUACAACACGAUUCCCAAGAAUUUCUUAGUUUUUUAUUGGAUGGAUUACACGAGGAUUUAAACAGAAUUUUAAAGAAACCUUAUAUUGAAAUACCCGACUUUGAUGACCUUUUAGCCGACAAAGAGAUUGCGACCUGCUUUUGGAAUUAUCACAAAGCAAGAAAUGAUUCGGUGAUCGUGGAUUUAUUUCAGGGACAGUUUAAGAGCAGAUUAACUUGUGACGAAUGUAAAAAGGUUUCUGUCACUUUCGAUCCAUUUAUGUACUUAACAUUACCACUACCCGAGGAUACACAAUGUAAAAUUGAUGUGGUCUAUGUUCCUUAUCAACCAUCUCAAAGACAGCUCAAGAUGACAAUCCACUUGAACAAUGAUGCCAAGAUCAGUCAAUUAAAGCAAGAAAUUGAGACCAACAUCACAUCAUCAUCACUCUCUAUUUCAAAUAAUCACAGUUUGUUAGUAGUAGAGAUGCAUCAAGGCAAGAUAUUUAAGGUAUUUAACGAUACAGAGGAAGUAUAUAAUAUAAAGCCUACCGAUGUAAUCUAUGUAUACCAAUUGCCAUGUCCUUCAACCGCUAAAUUGAACGAAGACUGGAUUAUAUUCCCUGUUUACUGUGCAACUACUAUUGAUCCAAAACAACAGACAAUUUCGACAAAUCAGUUUGGAUUUCCUAUUAUACUAGCUAUCGAGACUAAGGAAUCGACUGACUUGGAUAAUUUAUAUAGUACUAUUGCUCAUCAUAUCGAAAGGUAUUGUAUCGUUAAAUUGUUUGAAGAAGAUACGUCAGACACAGCCAAAGCAGUAGAAAACGACACGGCUAAAGUAGUUGAAAAAGACACAACCAAAGAAUUAUUCCCCCUCUUUCAACAACCAAUUCAUACGACUGCAGCUGUUACGCCUGCUGGUGGUAGACCUAUGGUGGCUAUGUCGAAUUUAUUUAAUAUUCGGUUGUUCGACAGACCCACACCUCCCAUCAACAAGUCACGCCUUAAUAUCCCAACCGGAAGCUCCAUCCGCUGGAGUGAUCAGACAACAAUCAAGCAAGGCCAAGGUAUAUUAAUUGAAUGGAGCGUAUCCAAGGCACAACAGAUAUUUGGAAGUUAUUCUUCAAAGUCAUCCAAAUCAAUCUACGACCAUGAUCACCAUUCGGAAAUCAACACAGAGGCAUGGAGGGAAUACGAAGAGGUUACUAAAAGCAGUACCAAAAGAAAAACAAGGAUGUCAACACGAUCUUCAAGCCAAUCUUCACUAACCUCUUCAACCCUUGAGGAUUGUUUAGAUGAGUUUACGGGUGAUGAAAAGUUGAGUAGCGAUGACUUAUGGUAUUGCCCAAGAUGCAAAAAACAUCAAAGAGCAUCUAAAAAAUUCGAUAUUUGGAAGUUGCCAGAAAUAUUAGUGGUUCACUUGAAACGAUUUAGCCAGGAGAGAACAUACGGGAAUAAAAUUGAUUCUUUCAUUGAUUUUCCGAUCGAAGAGUUAGAUAUGACAGACCGCGUUCUUUCUAGCACAGGUGAAGACAGUUUAAUAUAUGAUUUAUAUGCGAUUGAUAACCAUUAUGGCGGCAUGGGUGGUGGGCAUUAUACUGCAUAUGCUCAGAAUGCGGAAACAAAAACUUGGUAUAACUUUGAUGAUUCUCAUAUAUCAGAAAUAUCGGCAGAAGAUAUCAAGACAAAUGCGGCAUAUUUAUUAUUUUACAAACGAAGAAGAUAG